AGUUCCUAACCCGAUCUUUUGGAAGGCUAUGCCUAGUAUGGCGGCGCUGUAGUUCGAGUAGUUCCUACUAAAUAUCAUAAGCCAGAAGAUCAGCGUUGGUGAGCACGAUUAUCAGUGUACUGAAUAGAAUAGAAUUUUCGAUCGACUAGCUUUGAAACGGAUAAAAAUCAAGAUCCCGCUGGGGAUCGACGAAAAAGUGGAAACUUCGGAUCCCGUGUGCCGCGACCACAGGUCGGAUCGAAAUCGAUUCUAAAAUAAAAUGCCAGGAUCCCUUUUCACAUUUCGAGAAUUGUCGAAAAGCAAUGCAAAGGAAUGCAACCUCCUAGUCCUAUCUUUACGUGUCGACACCAGGCGCAGCACGACGGGAACCAAUACCAAACAUGGAUGUAAAUAAUUUUCUGUCGUCUUCAAACCAUAUCGAUACGCAAUAGUUUCGGAUUUUCAGCGAAUAGGCACCAGCUACUGAAGUCUUUAUUUUAUCUACUCUUUAUUCGACAGUAAAGGUCGAAAUCGAAUCCAUUGGAAGCAUCAACAUGAAGUCCAAAGUGAUGAAGGUCGGCCUCCGCCUCCCGGUGAACGUCCAGAAGAGGGAGGGUGAUGCGAAGCCAGCAACUUCAGAGGCGAUUGCAAAGACAAAAAAUGGCACACCAGCUCCCGGGGGUUAUUGUUAUAGCAGUGCUAAAAGAGGCAAGCCUACCACUGCGCGUUAUGACAAAAAGCAGCACAGCAAGAUGAACAUGAAAUUCAAACACAACAAGAUUAAGACCGCCACACCGAGUGCAGCACCAUCUCCAGCUCCAGCUGCAUCCGAUUCCGCAAAUAAAAAUGCUGGUAGACCACGAGUGUUGGAGACAAACUCCGCUGCCGCGGUAGAAGUGCACAAAGCCAAGGGGCAGCACGGAGGAAAUGAAAAGACAGCAGUUUCCGGCUCUGCGGCGGCGAUGAACAAGGGAAACGAAUGCAACGAGCAAACCGCCAAGAGAGUCAAUCGCAAGGAGAAGAAGAAGGAGUUGAGGAACGCGAACGCGAAAAAAAGUAACGAGAUAGAAAAUGCUGCCAGUGCCAAGCACAAGCGACCUCCGCCAACGAAUGGACGUAAUGGCAAAGAAACCAAAAAGCCAAGCAAGCAGGAGCCGAAGCGACCAACGGCGACUGGGACUGGACCUGGAGCAGUGCAGCGAAUGAAGAAGGUGCAGAAGAAAAACCUGGCCACGACAGAAAAGCAAAUCACGGAUUCUGCGAAAGCGCUGGUACAAGCAAAUAAAGACGCGCUUCUUCCAGCAGUGCCUUUUGGAAUUGGCGCUGGGCACGACAAUUUUCGAAAAUUGAUGAUGCUUGGCGCCACCAGCACGUCAUCGACGUCGAGGACAGAAGAAAGUGGCAGAUCGAAUCGGACUGCGACGACCUCGAUGAAAAUUGGCGUCACGGGCACGCUCAACAACGCAAGAAACGAAGCAAAGACCAAUAGACGAAGAGCAGACGCGGCGACGCUAGUCGCGCUCGAUUGUGAGAUGGUAGAAGAUCAGCAGGGGAAAAAUCUGCUCGCUCGCGUUUCCAUUGUCCAGGAAGACUUGCAUUGCCUUUUGGACACGCUUGUGCGGCCGCCCGGAAACGAUUUCGACCUCAUUGCGGACUACCGCACGGAAAUCACAGGCCUAACCCGGGACUCCUUUGCCCAGCGCGGCUCCAUGUCGAUGAAGCAGGUCCAGCGAAGAGUUGCGGAAAUCCUAGCGACGAGCUGCGCUCCUACAAGUGGGUCGAAAUGGAAGCACCAGGAGCAUCAUGGCACCUCCAGCAAGAAUGUGCUUUUGAUCGGGCACGCUGUCAAGAACGACUUGGCGGCCCUGGAGUUUCCGUUUGAAUGGGUUGGGGGCAACAAGAUAGAAGAUGUUGCAAGAGAUAAUGGUGCUCUCGACCCUAGUGCUGAUAUCGGAGCGGAGAGGCAGGUGGCUGCUUCAGAUGGGACAAGGGGACAGGAACAGUCGAAGUUUCUUUCAAAAUCUACCGCGAAAAAGCAGAAAUACUAUGCAAAAGUGCUUUCUUCCGGAAAUAACAAGGGCCAUGCUGGCUUUGCUAAACUACAACUCGGAAAGAGUGCUGGGACUUCCGAGCUGCAGCCAUCCAACAAUGCUACGAUGGCAGGUACAAAUUCAGACCAAAGCGACAUGAAUACGAGAACCCGAACUGCUGCCCAGGGGGGUCGAGCGGAACACCACUACGUGCUGCGAAUUCCGAUGAACUUCUUGCCAGAAGCGUUCGUGUCGUCUGCGAACAGAACUUCGGAGUCCGUUCCAGCGAACCGUGGUGCCGUUGAUUUUCCCGUUGCAGACACACAAAUUUUGUAUGCGAGGAAAACACCGGGAGCAAAGAAUCGGAGUCUGCAGUCAAUCACUGCAGAUGAGCUCGGCGAGCAGAUCCAGUCAGGGCAGCACGAUUCGGUCGUCGACGCGCGUGCUACGAUGCGUGUCUACAAGAAACUAUUUGCAGCUUGUUCUACUCGCUGAUCACAGAAGGCAAAUAAUAAACUGCCGUCGUGCUGGAGCUGGUCCUGGUGAUUAUUGCAUCUAUUGGAUGAAUGAAUAAGUGAAUCGCAAAAUAAGAAGCUGUGCAUAGCCACAACUUCUACAUCGCUAGUUGUCCAUCGCAAAAUAUUAAGCGUCAGAAGUGGUCGCUCGUGGCACAUUUAGAAGACAAAACAAAAACCAAACGGAA